GGCUACAACCCGGGCUACGUCCAGCAGCAGCCUCAGCAGCAGCAGCACGCCUACGGCGCCCCGGCGCCGCUGCCGCUCCCCGGCUCGGCGAGCGGCGCGGGCAGCUCGAGCGCCUUGACGGACCCGCAGAUGAUCCUCAACGUCCUGCGCCAGGGCGUGCAGGACCAGAACUUGCAGGCGUUCUACCCGCCGGGCUCGCUCGAGCAGCUUGCGCAGCAGAUCGCGCACAGCGGCGCCCUCGCCCGCAUCGCCGCCGAGUGGAGGUUGCCGACCGAGGUCGCGAUGGACCUGGCUCGUCUCGCUCUCGUCGACAUCCAAGGUUGCUUAGACGAUUCGGGCUCAAUGGCGUUCGAGGAGAACGGCGAGCGCAUUGACGACGCCAAGAUGAUCGUGUCGAAGGUCGCCCAGGCCGCCACGCUGUUCGACACGGACGGCAUCCAGAUCUGCUUCCUCAACAGCCCCGCCGUCGGUCAGGGCAUCAAGAACGAGGCCCAAGCGCAGCACCUCCUCUCGAGCAUCAACUUCUCGGGCCUCACGCCGCUCGGCACUUCGUUCGAGCGCAAGGUCCUGCAGCCGCUCGUCGCCGCCGCCCGCUCGGGCACGCUCCGCAAGCCCGUCCUCGCCAUUAUCGUCACCGACGGCGAGCCGGCCGGCGAGCACCGCCACAAGCUUGUCCAGGCCAUCACCGACGCCAAGCGUGCUCUCGCCACGACGCGCUACGGCGCCGAUGCCCUCUCGAUCGAGCUCGCGCAAGUCGGCAACGACCAGAAGGCGGCCGCGUUCCUGAACGAGAUUGACGUGCACCCCGAGAUCGGCUCCUUUGUCGACGUGACGGGCAACUUUGAGAUGGAGAGUGCGCAGAUGCAGCAGACGACGGGCAUCGCCCUCAGCCCGGACAUGUGGCUCGUCAAGUUGCUCCUCGGCGCGCUCGACACGGCGUACGACUCGCACGACGAGCGCCGUCGCUAGACCCCUCCCUCCUCCACACCUUGAGCUGUACCCUGUGUGUUUCCCUGCGCGCGCUCGAGACUGCAAUGACCGAGAUUCGUCGACCUUU